UGCUGCUCUCGCCACCUGAAACUCCUCGAUCCACUUCAAGAUUUCUAGCGCUUUACGUACAAGAACAAGAGCAAGAUGUCGACCGUGAGCCGCGCUUCCCUUGACCAGAAGCUUGCCCUCGCCAAGCGAUGCUCGCGGGAGGCCACCCUUGCAGGGGCUAAGGCAGCAGCUGUAGCGACCAUCGCCUCCGCCAUUCCCACCCUGGCGAGCGUGAGGAUGCUGCCGUGGGCAAAGGCCAACAUCAACCCCACCGGCCAGGCACUCAUCAUCUCCACAGUUGCUGGGAUGGCCUACUUCAUUGCUGCCGACAAGAAGAUCCUGUCGCUGGCGAGGCGGCACUCGUUCGAGGGUGCCCCAGAGCACCUCAAGAACACCUCCUACCAGGGCGCCGGCCGGCCGCACCCAGCAUUUUUCAGGCCUUGAUCGAGACAUAAGCAUGCACGCGUGUACUUCAGUUUGAUCAGCGUAACCAUGCAUCGUGUUGUUUUCAUGCAAUAAGCACGCCCCUGCAGACCAAGUAGCCGGUUGCUAGCUUAGCUUCUGCAGAGCGGUGUAGUCUGUCUGGCCACCUGAUUAUGUAUGCAUUCUUGCUGUACUACUAUAAGUAACUUCGCACGCAGUAAAUAAUUGCUUGGCACGGACAUACGUAC